AUGAGGGAUGAUAAACCAGUGUUUGAGAAGAGGUGUCUGGUGUGUUAGGAGGAAAUGCAAAUGCACUCCAAUUUCCUGGACAGAAAGGUGACAUGUUAAGUAUUUUCCUACACCCUACCUAUUACCCCCUACUCUCACCCUGGCCUAGCUCCUUACUCUCAAACCACUAACCCCUAAGUUUCUAACAUGACCUGACUUGUGUGUGUUACACAUGGUGUAACAGGAGGAGUUGAAGGCUGAACAUGCCUCAUACAUACGGCAGCACCUGGAUCUCCGCGCCAUGAUGGCCGACUUCUUGCAGUUCCUGUUACUACGAAAACCUCCAACUGACCCCGGGGUCCCCUUCAACACCUCUUCACCUUGA